AACGCAAAAAUGACAUGACGUAUUGACGUAUAAAAAAAUCAUUUACGUUUCGAGUCUUCGCGUAAAUAUAACUUUGUUGUAGAAAUGUAUUGUGUUUUGUUAUGUUAAAAUCUGUGUGGAAUGAAGAUGUGCAAAACCAAGAAUAAUAUUUUACAACCUUUGCCCACGAAGCAUUAAUAAGAUGCUGGAAAAUAACAUAUUAUUAGAGACUAGAAGAGAAAGUGCCUCGUAUAGUAAAUAACGGGUCGAUAUGAAUAUGUCUGUCUCUGAUUUAUCAGUCGGAUGUCGUUUUGCAGAUUAUUUUGCUAUAUGUGGGCUAGAUUUUGAUUCUGGCUUGGAACCUGACAGGCUUUGUGGGGACAACUUGCAUGUAUCUCCUUUGGACCGCUCGUAUAAGGGGAAAAUAUUAGCUCACUACCCUGACAAUGUUCAAAGCAAUCCAUUUGAUGAACAUGCCGUUUGUAUGCUCUGCCUGCCUGCGGGCCUCCAGUUCAGGACACAGAAACAUUCACUAGAGGCAAAGUUCCACAGUUUUGUUGUGACCAGAGAGAAUGCUUCCCGCUACUAUGGCUUUAGUCUUAUCUUCUAUGAGGAAGUUAGGAACAGAAAUAUCUGCAGUGCCAUGCAUACUUUACAGGCAAUGUAUAUCACCGAGUUAUCUAGUGGACAGACCCCGCCCGGCCACAGAAAAAACAAUGGGAAAGAGAGCUCUCGAUCAUUGCCCAGGUCCUUCAAACUGGCUCCUCACUCGGGCGCUGCGCUCACCUAUUACGACGUAACCAAAGAUAAACUUUAUGUAGCCAAAAGUAUAGCUCUAAUAUGCCAAUACCCAUAUGUGAGGGUAGCGCAGUUGUUUUUAGAGAAUUUAUAUAGAUCACUGCCUAGACAGCCCGGACCGGGCCUUAGUCCGGAGUCAUAUGUUUACAACCUUCUUUAUGAAGUGCCAGUACCCUUGCCCGGACAGGCCCUGCGCCUGUAUCUGCCGCCGGCGGAACCACACUUGGAGCCAGUGCCUGUUGUGAUAAGAAUGCCAAAUUUACCUGAAGAGCUGCCGCUGCUCGACUACCCGCUUCGAGUGAUGUUCUCUACGUUAGGAGUGGAAUGUGUGGUCCAGCUGUUCACAUGCGUGCUGUUAGAGCACCAGGUGCUUAUUAGAUCCAGUGAUUACAGUAAGCUGAUGCUGGUGGCGGAGUGCAUGGUGUCGCUGCUGCUGCCGUUCUCGUGGGCGCACGUGUACGUGCCCAUCCUGCCCGCGCCGCUCUACCACUUCCUCGACGCGCCGGUGCCCUUCGUCAUGGGUCUCCACGCGGACAGCGCGGCGGUCAGCGGCGCGCGGAACAUCGCGCUCGGCUCCGAGGCGGCCUUGUGUCUCGUCGACAUCGACAAACCGGACAUACAGCUGCCCGAGGAGCUGCCCGUGUUCCCGCACCGGACGGCCUUCAUAGAGGAGCUCAACCACAUCCUGGACAAACAUCAGAUCCAAAGACCGGAAACGGAGCCCACGAAACUCGGCGUGCCAAUAAACGGGACCUCGUACAAACACAUGAGUGACAUGAGCAGCAGCUGCACUUUACCAUCGGGCGGUCUUCGUCGCAAGCAUUCGUUUAACGACGUGCUAGAGUGGGACGAGAGUAGGCCGCUGAACGCGUCCCCGCCCGGUUCACCGACGCGCCGCGCACCGCGCCGCCUCGACGCGCUGCAGCGGAUCGUCGACAUCGUGAAACGGACGGGUGUAAACAUAGACCAAGUGGACGCGGACAGCGUGAUGCCGGUGCCGAAGCGCGGGCCGCUGAAUGACGAGGAGCAGUACCAGGAGGACGCGCGGCUCAACGGCGCCGUGCGCGAGUGCUUCCUCAACAGAUUCGUGAACAUGUUCCUCGCGUACGAGAACUUCAUCAUCCAGCCCGACCAGGAUCGCGACGCAUGGUUGUCGACGCGAGAGUCGAUGGUGAACUUCGACAAGGCGUCGUUCCUGUCGGACCAGCCGCAGCGGCACCGGCCCUUCCUGUCGCGCUUCCUCGAGACGCAGAUGUUCGCCACGUUCAUCGACAACAAGAUCAUGGCCAGCUGGGGCGAGUACGACGCCAACCUGCAGGCGUUCGACCACCGCGUCGCCAUCACGAGACGUCGGGUGGGCGAGUCGGGGCCGGCGCGCGGCUACAGCGUGUGGGCGGGGUGCGCGGGGGGCGGGGGGUGCGCGGGGGGGACGGGGGGGACGGGGGCCGAGCUGGAGGCGGGCGCGCCGGGCGAGCGGCUCCCGCACCGCGCCGCCUACUACCGCGCCUUCCCCGCGCGCCUCGACCCCGCCGCGCUCGCGCCGCCGCCGCACAGCGACCGCAGGACCAAUAGUUUGAAGCGCAUAAAGAAUGCGAAGUGGCAAGUGAAGGAUUGCACGCCAGAACUGUUGCUCGGAGAUAUAGGCAGGAGGCUCUCCACCGAAGUCACGAGCGCCGCUAUAUCGCAAAACCACAAAACUUUCGUCGAUAAACUUUUAAAGGAAUGCAAAAGCAAGACAAAGCGUAUGUUAGUAGAGAAAAUGGGCACGGAGGAGACCGACCUAGGCCUCGGCAGUGAAGUGUCCAUCACGGGCGUGGAGGAGAGCACGAUGAUCUCGUCGCUAUGCGACCUGCUGGAGCGGCUCUGGUCGCACGGCGUCCAGCACAAGAUGGGCAAGUCCGCGCUCUGGAUGCACCUCACCAACUACCAGGAGUUGGAGCAGUGCAGCAACUCCACGAAGCCUAUAGACCCUAACUGUCUUACGCCCGAUUUAUCGUCGGUGGGUGCGGAGGUGGAGGCGCAGCAGGCGCAGGGGGCGCAGACGGCGCAGGGCUCGCCGGGCGCGCGCUCGCGGGACAGCUCUUGCGGCGGCUCGCGGGACUCCUCGCGGGACCGGCUCAGCAACAAGGGCACGCUGGAGCGCAACCCCGCCCAGCACAGCCCGCUGCGACCGCUGCCGGAGAGCCUCACUUUCGAUAUGAGGAAUAUCCAAGCUAUGACCGACAUUAAAACCGAGAUAGGCUACGCCCGCGCCUGGGUCCGUCUCUCCCUAGAGAAGAAACUGCUCUCCAAGCACUUGCGAGAGCUCCUGGCCGACACCACGCUGCUCCGAUCCCAGUACAAGAAGACCGCCUUCUUAAGAUGUGAGGAGGAGAGAGAGCAGUUCCUGUAUCAUCUGCUGACUUUGAACGCUGUUGAUUACUUCUGCUUCACCAACACUUAUCCCACCACUAAGCUGCCGUACCGGGUGCUGAUCGCGCCGUCCCGCAAGGCCAGCCAGACGACGGCCAACUGCUGGAUCGCGAUAUCCGGCGUCCACGGCGACUCCACGCCCAAGAUACCGAUACCGCGCAACACCAACGAGUUCGUCUUUCAUCAUAAGAACUUGGGCGUGUUGUCGACGCUGCGCAUCGGGCACGACAACUCCGGGCUGUCGCCGCGGUGGCUGCUCGACCAAGUGUACGUGAGGAACGAGGUCACGGGACAUACCUACACGUUCCCGUGCCACCGCUGGCUGGGCUCGGGCGUGGACGACGGCUCCACCGAGCGCCUGCUGGUGGCCGCGCGCCGCGCCCCGCGCACCCCCGCCACCCCCGCCGCCGCCGCCACGCACCUCUCCACCUCCACCAUACAGCACAUGAUCGGUGACUGCGUGAACGCGAUAGUGAAAUGGCACUAUCAGUCGAAAAGAGACAAGGACGCGAACUCGCUUAGUGUUCUGCUGUGCGGGGAGAAUGGGCUGGUCAAGUGCUUGGAGCAGGCCUUCCUCUGCGGGUUCAAGUCCAGUCGCCUCUUCGGCAAGAACUUCUUCAUUUGGGAUUACUUUGCGAAAGUGAAGGAGGAGUUCAAGAUGAGCCUGUGCGACGAGCCGAGCCCGCAGGCGCAGGCGAGCAAGUGCGGCGUGGCGUACAACUGCCGCCAGGACCAGGAGCACCGCGCCAUCUGGCGCUGCUACUGCCACCUGGUGGACGAGAUCAGCUCCGCCGGCCGCUCGCUCGGCAAGGACGGCAAGUUCCAGCUCUUCAUCUGUCUGAGCCUGAGGGAACACUGGCUGCACAGGAUGCUGGUGCCGAUGUCGCAGACGCGCGUCACCGGCGAGAUGUACGAGGAGCAGAGCUUCCUGCGCAAGCGCGGCCUGCUCACCUUCCUGCGCCAGAUACUAGAGCCGCUCGACGAGUUCGACAUCGUGCUGGAGAACUCGCUCACGCAAGGUAUUUAAAC